UCUUAGACAUUUUCUUUGAAUUAUGAGUCAAUCUGAAUUUAUGCAAUAAAUUUUAGCUGAAAAUACUUCUUCUUGAUUUAACUCUUUAUAAUAUUUUUGUAUUCAAACAAACGGCAAAAUUGCUUUGAUUGAAGUAUCAACACUAAAUUCAAAUGGAUUACAGCAUAUUUUUUGAAACAUCAUCAGAUCGUAGAAAACGAUAUGUCAGUGAAGUACACGAUUAUCAUAACGACGCCGUUCUUCUCGGUUAUUGGUCCGAUGAGAGGGCUCGAAAAGAGAUCGAAACUGAGAGACUUCUGCAAGCUUUUGCCAAUGAAGAAUUGCCCUUUCAGAAACUCGACAGGUACGCAUCGCUAUUAGCCAAACCCGUUCAACUCACCCGGAAUUUGGAUGGUUUCUUGCACCACGGUGACAUAAUUCGCUUGAAAUGGUCACACCAGAACGAAACAUUGUACUUGGCGGCUUUACCUCAAAAUAUUGCCACAGAUGGUACAUUCGACGAACCUUGCUGGGUUACGGCAAGUGCAGAUUCAAGAAUAAUGGCAAGGAAUUCUGUUUACAUAUUCCGCAAUAGCAAUUUUGUACCGAAUCACGUUCCUUUAACAUACGGAGAAAUGAUAAUAAUCUGCACUGUGGAUGAAGCGGGCCAUCGUUUAUUGAACGGCGAGCCGAAAAAUUUUACGGCAUUUGCUCAAAAAUCCGGUCACAUGGAAGUAACGUUUGUCAAGGAGUUGUCCGGGAGAGGAUUGUGGAGGAUAUUUUGCACCCAUAAAGACGAUAGGCUGAAAACAGAAGGACAGUUUAUACCGUGUAAUACAGACGUAAUUAUUCAUCAUGUGGCCAGUGGACAAAAUUUAGCAGUUGAAAGAAAGACCGAAAUAAAAACAGUUUUAGGAUAUGAGAGAGAAAUAUCUGUACAUUCGUACAUAAAUCGGUGCAAAACAGAUGACGAGCCAAAUAUCUGGCGAAUCGAAGCUCCUUUCAUUAAACCAGAGGAUUACGGCGAACCAAUCAAAUUAACGUGCAAUAAAAAGUUAUAA